AUGGCUCGAAGCAAAGUUAAAAAAGUAAAGCCACGAAAAAAAAAACCAAUAAAACUUGACAAGCAAUUCAACUGCCCUUUUUGCAGUUAUAAAAAAUCAGUGGAUAUUAAAAUGUAUAGGUCUAGAGGAAUAGGAGAGUUGAAUUGUUUGAAAUGUGGAGUAAAAUAUGUUAGUCAAAUUACAAAUUUAGAUGAAUGUAUUGAUGUAUAUAGUGAAUGGGUAGAUAAAUGUUUAGACGCAAACAAAAAAGGAUGUGCUGAACUUUUUUAUAAUGAUGAUAUAAGCCUAUUAAAUAAUUUUGAAGAAUAA